AUGCAUCCACGACUCGCCCUUCUCGCUGCCCUCGGUCUCGGUUCUUCGACCGUCUUCGCACAGCAGCGCGUACGUCGAUCCGCUUCUUCUUUCUCCCUUCCGUCUCAUCCUCCCAUCCAGGGCAGAGCUGGUUCCGACGAUGUCUCCAGCACCUCUCCUUCCUCCACCUCUUCCGCCAGCUCCGCUGCCUCCAGUGGUGUCACCGGAGGAAGCAUUUGCCCGACCGGAGUUCUGGGCAACAGUGGUUUGAUGUGUAUCUCGGGCGUCAUCAACGGCACCACCACUCGCUACACCCUUCAGAGCCAAUCAGAGAGCUUCGGUUGGAUGGCCAUCGGAUUUGGAAAAACCAUGGCGAACUCACCCAUGGUCAUGAUGUGGACCAACAGCGAUGGAUCCAUCACUGUGUCUCAACGCCAAGCCUCGGGCGAAGUCCCGCCCUCCCCCGUGUCCAACCCGCCGCGUGUGGCGACCGUCGACCAAGCCAACUCAAAUCUCGCCGGCUCACAGCCGUCAUUGUCGUUCACUAUUGAAGUACGCGAGCGCGCACUCACGACCGUGGACAUCAUUUGGGCGUUCAGUGACACCAACCCCGGCAGCUCGGACAACACGACAAGGCUUUCCACGGGCGACAUCCACGUCGACUCCGGUCCCGCGCAACUCGACCUCAGUCAGCCCGUCUCGAGCAAUGGGACGGUCGCCAGCAGCGGCUCGGGCACCGUUGACGUCCCGCUUGUUCCGUUCCAGAAGAUGAUCGUCGCCCAUGCCGUACUCGCCACCAUCGGCUUCCUCAUCCUCCUCCCUGCCGGCGCUAUUCUCGCACGGUAUGCCCGUACGUUCACUGGCGUGUGGUUCGUUGGCCACUGGCUCUUCCAGCUUGUGUUCGCCGGCCCCGUCAUCAUCGCUGGUGUGGCGCUUGGCUUCGCAGCGACCGACGCUGGGUCUGGUGAAACCCUGCUCCCCAAGAACCACAAGGCCACAGGUGUCAGCCUCAUCGGGCUCUACGUCUUCCAGUGCGCCCUCGGCAUCGUCAUCCACUACUGGAAGCCCGCGUCAUUCACCGUUAGCAAGAAGCGCCCGAUCCAGAACUACGCACACGCCGUGCUCGGUCUCACCAUCAUCGGCCUCGCCUUCUGGCAGGUGCACACCGGCUACGCGCUCGCAUGGCCGGCCACCUCGGGCCGCCCGGCUCUCAGCAGCUCGGUCAACACGGCGUGGCUUGCAUGGGUGGUCAUCAUCCCGGUGCUCUACUUCGCCGGGCUCGCCUUCCUCCCCAAGCAGUUCCGCCAGGAGCGCCCCGCGCAGAAGCAGGAGGUCUACGCCGACGAGCCGCGCUACACCGACUCGUAA